GCAGCACGGUGAUUACUAGGCUGCUGUGCUCAUAACGUUAGGUCCCAAUGAAUGUUCCUCAGAACAGAAGACACCCAGGUGGAGGUAUCCAUGGUGUGGGACAAAGAUUUCUUCUGUUCAUGACUGCUUGAAGGAUGACAAACUGACGGAUUGGACUAACUGUAUUUGGAACCUUGCAAGUCGAUCUUAACCAGGCUUUCGUCGAGCUAACACAGCUAGCGCUAGCAAGCUAAGAAAUUGACGUUGUUUCCUUGCCCAUAGGAAUGAGUUUGGCUGAAGUUGUCCACAGACGAGUACAGGCAUUUACAACAAAGGCAACUGCAUGUAUGUCGCCGUAACAUAACUCUGCGCGUAUGUUGUGUUUUGGGCUUUGCAUCCUGCAGUCUGAAACUUUUUCAUGUGUUUUUGCUGGACGUUUGAAUUGACGCAUCCAUGGCUGUUUGGCUGGGUUGGCCAGUAUGCCAAGUCAACGUUACAUUGUUAGCUGAAUCUGUAAAAGCCUGAGCCAGAAAUGUUCGAUGCUGGAUGGCAUGGCAGCAAGAAUGAGCUGUUUGUUUCUUUUGAGCACUACCUAUAUCAUGCUUUUUGGAUGGGCGUUUCCGACGUAAAUGACUGUCUUCGUAUUGCAUGAGCGAAUAUGAUUUUGUGACCUGCAUUUUGCCGACCAGCUAGUUGAUUAGCAAGCUACCCAACCUUGUGUGAAGUCCUGGAAGUGAUAUCGGGUGUUGGCUCCCCACCACACUCAGACUAACUGAGACCAGGCUCGCUAACUUUGAUUUUGCCCUUGCUGUUAUCUGGAUCGUUUGGCACCGGAAGACAGACAUUUCUUUUUUUGUUUGUAUGUUCAUUUUUAAUAAUGGGGUCGCUUAAAGCUCUUCAAGAGUGGUGUAGGAUACAAUGCGAGAGUUACAACGAUGUGGACGUAAGGGAUAUGACAACGUCCUUCAGAGAUGGCCUGGCGUUUUGUGCCAUCAUCCACAAACACAGACCGGAUUUGAUUGACUUCGACUCCCUCUCCAAAGAAAAUGUCUACGAGAACAACCGCCUGGCAUUUGAGGUGGCCGAGUCCGAGCUUGGCAUCCCAGCUCUGCUGGACGCCGAGGACAUGGUGUCCAUGAAAGUGCCUGACCGCUUGAGCAUCAUCACAUACGUCUCUCAGUAUUACAACUUCUUCACCAACAAGUCUCAUGCCAAUCCCCCCUGCAUGAAGAGGCCCAGUGGUACAGGCCAGACAGAGCCAGCUCUGAAGAGACCGGUCGCCCUCCUGGAAGACAGAGUGGUAGAGCCUGAGACGGGCGUGGCGGGCGCCCCCAAGCGCGGCACCCUGAGCAGCACCUGCGCCGCCUGCGGGAAGCACGUGCACCUGGUGCAGAGGUUCCUGGUCGACGGCAAGCUCUACCACCGCAACUGCUUCAGAUGUAAGGAGUGUUGCAGCACCUUGCUUCCAGGAUCUUACAAACCCGGAAGUGAUGCAGGUUCCCUGGUCUGCACGCAUCACUUCGCCAGGUCCUCCUCGACCAAUCAGAAUGGCAGACCGGAUCUUAGCAAGCAGCCAGGAAUGACGGCGAGGAUGCGUCCUAAAAGGCCUGAAACUCCACCCAAAGGGAGGAGCCUGGACAGACCAGCGCCCAAUGAGAACGCUGCUAGUCCCCAGGCCACACCCUUACCUGACCCGGCUACCACAUCAGACUCUAUGGAGACAGAGAACGAAAAGAGUGUGGCGGAGAAAGAAAAGAGUGUGGCGGAGAAAGAAAAGAGUGUGGCGGAGAAAGAAAAGAGUGUGGCAGAGAAAGAAAAGAGUGUGGCGGAGAAAGAAAAGAGUGUGGCAGAGAAAGAAAAGAGUGUGGAGAAAGGAGGAGAAACGAGUGAAAAUGUGAAGGAGGAGACGGCACCGCCCGCGCCGUCCACUCCACCCAACCCCUUCGACGAGUCGGACGAGGAGGAAGAGGAGGAGAAGAGAGGGCAGGAUGAAAAUGCGCAGAAGCCAGCGGCCAGCGCGUUAAACGGCGCCCCUCCCCCUGCGCCCCUGGACCGGGGCGGACCGGAGAGCAAGCCCGUGCCCGCCCCACGACGGCCAGCCGAGGCCACGCCUCCUCCUCGCCCCGCCCCGAGGAACAUCCAGCCUCGGGUGGUGACCAGUCCAGCAGUAAACGGGGAUCCGAACGAUCGCCGGCGAUCCGUUCCCGUGCCCCGCGAGCGCUCUCACUCCCCCGGAAGCUCCAGCCAAUCCAGCGACACCCCCAAACCCAAAGACCCGCCCUGGCUGGCCCUCGUCCAGCCCGAUUCCAAGAAGAAACCGGCCCCUCCUCCUCCCCCUGCUCCCGGGCUGGGGGGCGCGUCUCAACGCUCUGGCCCUGUUCCCUCUCUCAAAGGCGAGGGCUCGCGGCCCGCCACGCCCCCGCAGUCCACCAACCCCUUCGACGACGACGAGGACGAAGAGGAGGAGGUGGCCGAGGAGCCGGCGGACAGCUCGGCACCGCCGGCGGCGCUGGCCAGCCACCCCUGGUACAGCAUCACGCAGGCGGCGGCGGCGGCGGCAGAGCCCUCCGGCACAGACACACCUCCGUGCAGAACUAGUCCCGCCCCCUCGGCCAGUCCAGGAAGUGGCCGAAAGAGGCGGCCGGCCCCCCGACCCCCGCGGCCCUCCACUACAGCUCCCUCCCUCUCUCAGCCCUCCUCUGCCUCUCCCUCUCCAGCCCUGAGCACGGAGAGCCUCUGCUCGUCCUCCUCUGACCACGGUCAGCCCGCCUCCCAGCCCCCUGCCCCCUCUUCCUCCUCCGCCUCCCCCUCCUCCUCCUCGGCUGGACUGCAGGAGGCCGCAGGGACGCACCCCUUCACCAAGAGCGUGUCCGAGCCCUCCAUCAGCGGCCCGUCUCCGCCGCCCUCCGACGCCCAGCAGCAGCAGCAGCAGCAGCAGCGUCGCUCCCCGAGCCCCUCGGCACUGCCCGCGCUGGCGCUCGCGCCCCCCACCAACACCAGCUCGGCGCCGGCCACGCCGCAGACCAGCCGCAGCGCGGGGGUCAAGGGGGUCAGGCCUCCGCCCCCACGCCCCCCCACCGCCUCCAUGGGGUCUCUGUCUGUCGGGGCCUCGCCAGCCGACACCCCCACACACAGCAAGCGCACCUGUAAGGAGAACCCUUUCAACAGGAAGGCCUCCCCCUCCCACCCCUCCCCCACCUCCAGGCCACCCAAGGGCCCGCGCCCGGCCCGGCCCCCGGCUCCUGGACACGGCUUCCCCCUCAUCAAGCGCAAGGUGCAGUCGGACCAGUACAUCCCGGUGGAGGACAUCCACGGGGAGAUGGGCGACCUGGAGCGGCAGCUGGACGAGCUGGAGCAGAGGGGCGUGGAGCUGGAGAAGAGACUCCGGGACUGUGGCAACGAUGAGGAGGAGGAGCAUCUGCUGGUGGACUGGUUCACUCUGAUCCACGAGAAACACCAGCUAGUGCGCAGGGAGGCCGAGCUGGUCUACACGGCCAAACAGCAGAAUCUGGAGGAAAGACAGGCCGACGUGGAGUAUGAACUCCGUUGUCUCCUCAACAAGCCAGAAAAAGAGUGGACAGACGAGGACAAGAACCGCGAGAAGGAGCUGAUGGCGGAGCUGGUCACCAUCAUCGAGCAGAGGAACCAGAUCAUUAACAACAUGGAUCAGGACAGGCAGAGGGAGGAAGAGGAGGAUAAGCUGUUGGCAGCCAUGUUGAAAAGAAAAGAUUUCCACAAAGAGGCAGAUGAGCCGAAGAAGAAGGGCCCAAAGUUCAAGCCCAUGAAGGUGCUGAAGAGGCUGAGUCACAAGGGCGAGGGACCCAAGGGGGGCAGCCCGCAUAAGGACAAGAGCUGAGCUGGACCUGGGCCAGAGUGCCCGGCUCUUCUCCUCCUCCUCCUCCUCUGCAUUGCAGAAGGGAUGUCACGGACGACUGGAAGUGACGGAUGGAUGGAUGGAGAGAGUGAGAGAAAGAAAGAAAGAAAGAAAGGAAGGAAGGAAGAAAGUGACCGGAACAUUCAGUUUUACAAGAUUUGGACUUUGAAUCGAUAACUGACCGCAACAUAACGCAACUCUGUUCGUUUAUGUUAUACUUCAUCCAAAACACAGCCACGCAUUGUGUAAGAGUUUGGUUUUGGUUUUUUUUUACGUUGCCUUUGUGAACUGUGUGUGUGUUUGAGAGUGUGUGAGAGAGGAGGAAAAAAAACAGGAGGCCGAUAUAGUCUCAAAUGCUAAAGAGCUAAAAACGAACCAGAACCUCGGACUGACGAGUCAGCGAGCAGAGGCGAGGUGUGUGUAACCUUCCAAAGUGCUGUACUACCUUGUGAUUGUAUUUUACCGAUCGGAUCUUACCCAGCGUUUUAGAGGAGUAGCCACCAAAGCCGCCAGAACCACAUAGGAAGGAAAAAAUGUAUUCAUGUUAAUUCAGCAUGGAGUUAUUGUUAACCAUGUAGGUUUGUAGGUGUUUUUCCUUAUAAUAUUAUGCUUACUCAUUCACCUAGGUUUUAACACAGUCCUGAACAACAUAUUUAGCUUAUGUAACUUUUUAAAAACGGCAUCAGAUGCCACAACAUUGUAUCCGUUGCAUCAUGAUGGUCAUCACGGGCUGCUAAUGCACCCGGUUCUUUUUAAAGUGUCCUCCUGUCUUCCGUUGAUGUUUUUUUUAUCCAAUGAGGUGGCGUGUUAGUGGAGGGUCAGAGCAGGGCCGUCGCGGUACUGUAGGACAGUGUGGUUCUUCCCUGUGGUCAGAUUUGAUUGACAUAUCAGCACCUACAUCUGACUUAUUAAGUGAUUUGCACAUUUAAGGUGUCACGAGGACGAAUGGUUGACCAUGGCUGUGUACAUGAGAUGUCGGAGAAUGAGAACGAUCUGUCAGAUUAUAACUCUGAAAUCCCUAGUCAUCCAAGCCCCCCCCCCCAACCAAUAUUUAGGAACAGUUAAUGUAUGUAUGUCUGUAUAGUUCAGACCUGUUUGUUAUCAAAUACCAUAUGCAGACACAAUAGGAAAUUAGUCAUUAAAAAUAAAGAAAUAAACAGAAUAAUGACGUAACCCAUGCUACCUAUCAGACUGACAUGGGCGUGUACACUGAGCGCCAGUCAUGUGCGGUUCUCAGUGAGGUUGUGAACUGACUCCAGUCCUGAUGCACUUUGUGAUCUUUUGAAGUGCUUACAUUUUAUCUGAGCUUUUUCAUAGAAGCUUAUGAAAUAUUUUUUUUAUUUUCCUUGACGGUUGCGAACAAAUAUGUAAAAGUCUGCACCAUCAGGAAAAAAAGAUGCCCUACAUUGGCUGUCCAUGAUGAAUUUUUAUCAUUUUCAACUGUAGAUAGGUUUAUUAAUGUAUGCAUUUUUUCACAUGUGAAAAAACCCUUUAGUGCAGUUUCUGCAAUAUUGUGUUUAAUUUAUAUAUUACACUGCCUUCAGUUUUUACUUUGUAACUCCUGUCUGUCAUUAACUGCCAGUGUGUAUUGGCCUUAAAAGAGGAAGAGGAGGAGAUGAUGUUUGCAGAGGGGAGUACCCUCAUUUUGUGGUAUUUAUAGACGAGUCCGGAGUUGUUUGUCUUGGUUGUUGUUGUUGUUGUCCUUUUGUUUUGUCUGACUGUCUGUUUUGUUCUCAUGUGUCUUUGUCAACAUGCAGGUGUGUCUGUAGUUUGUGUCUUUUUGCUCUCACUCCAGCAGACAGAUUCUCCUGCGGGACUGUGACCUCCGACAUGUCUCUCUGCCUGUCUGUCUGUCUGUUACUCAUACCAGCAGGGGCUUUCGUUGGCGUUUUAAAGACUUUCACGCUCCAUUGCAAUACAGCAAAGCCAAAUCCAGACAGGGAAGCUGAGAAAUAAAACUCAUUAA